GAUAUCUACCUUAGGGAAGAACCUCAGAGAGAGGGAGGGAAGAAGAGGACGGGUAGGAGCGUGUGUGCAUGUGUGUAAGAGACACUUAUUCUCUUAACUACUAGGAGACAGACACACUUUCCUGGCCCGACUCUAAGAAGGGGGGAAAACAGCAGGAAGAUUUUUUUUUCAAUAUCAAUUUUAAUCUUCCUAAUCAAGCGGCUCUUAAGCUCCUCUUCCUGGAAAACUCUUUUUUCAUCGCCUGCUGGGAGUUCUACAUGUAUUGAUCCAUUUACCCUCUCACACACUUACAAGACUUACCUCAUGGAUUUGUAUCUGAUUGGAUAUUUGAUGUGUGUGUGGUUGUCCAGCUCACGGGUGCUUGGAGGCUAUCCCAUCUGGUGGUCCCUAGCCCUUGGACAGCAGUACUCAUCACUGGGAUCCCAACCCAUCCUAUGUGGCUCUAUUCCUGGGCUUGUCCCCAAGCAGCUGCGUUUCUGCCGUAACUACAUAGAGAUCAUGCCUAGUGUUGCAGAAGGUGUCAAGCUGGGAAUCCAGGAAUGCCAACACCAGUUCAGGGGCCGUCGAUGGAACUGUACGACUAUCAAGGACAACCUGGCAAUCUUUGGCCCCGUGCUGGAUAAAGCAACCAGAGAGUCAGCGUUUGUCCACGCUAUAGCCUCCGCGGGCGUAGCAUUUGCGGUGACUCGCUCCUGCGCUGAGGGCACGUCCACCAUGUGUGGCUGUGAUUCUCACCACAAGGGUCCUCCAGGGGAGGGCUGGAAGUGGGGCGGCUGCAGCGAGGACGCUGAGUUCGGGGUGUUGGUGUCCAGGGAGUUUGCGGACGCCAGAGAGAAUCGUCCAGAUGCUCGUUCUGCAAUGAACCGACACAACAACGAGGCAGGACGCUCGACCAUCCUGGACCACAUGCACCUGCGCUGUAAAUGCCACGGCCUGUCAGGAAGCUGCGAGGUCAAGACCUGUUGGUGGGCGCAGCCAGACUUCCGUAUGCUGGGCGACUACCUGAAGGACAAGUACGACAGCGCCUCGGAGAUGGUGGUAGAGAAGCACCGCGAGUCCCGAGGCUGGGUUGAGACGCUACGAGUCAAGUACAACUUCUUCAAGCACCCCACCGAGCGCGACCUGGUCUACUACGAGGGCUCGCCCAACUUCUGCGAGCCCAAUCCUGAGACCGGUUCGUUCGGGACGCGCGACCGAGCCUGCAACGUGUCGUCGCACGGCAUCGAGGGCUGCGACCUGCUGUGCUGCGGCCGUGGCCACAACACCCGGACUGAGAAACGCAAGGAGAAAUGUCACUGCAUCUUCCACUGGUGCUGCUACGUCAGCUGUCAGGAGUGUGUGCGCGUGUACGACGUGCACACAUGCAAGUGAAAAACAGAACUGCUGGACUACGAGUACUUCCCUCCCAAACUUCCCCGCAACUCCCCACCUCCAACUCCUGCACGACUCCCGUACUUCCCCAAAACACAAAAUCAUAUUCAUCGGCACACACUCAGGCCCUAAUGGGUAAUGGCACAUCAGUAAUGGAUACUUCUAUACCUGUUUUUUUUUGUAGAAUCAGUCUUCCAAACCACUUUAUUUCCAUAAUAUCUGACCAGAAAAUUUGGGAAGAAGCUAGAAUUAUGCCACUUACCCCUUGUUCCUCUCCCUGCUACAUUGGACCAUGACUCCCACCCCGUCUUCUCCCUUCCUGUCUUUAUUUAUUUCCCCUCCAUGCCAGCACAAUGUUUGUGGCAUGUACAGUAACACUUUUUACCUGUGAGAUUAAUGCAGUAAAAAAAAGAAAAGACUCUCUUUGCUUUUUGAACAAAAAGCAUCUUCUAACUAACACCUCACUUCUCCAGCUUAUCUGGCUGGUUUACCUUUUGUUUUUUUUUAACUAAAUCAACCUCUACAACCAUCACUUAGUCGGAAGUGAAACUGAACACAGCCCCAGGAAACCAUCACUUUGUAACUACUGAACUGAACUGAACUGAAAACAGCAGGCAGGUGUUGGAAGUCGCCAUAGUCCUGUCUUUUUUGUUGUUGCUGUUGUUGUAAAAACUACUGAGCUGAUGAAAUCCUCAGUGUUGCUGACUGGCUGUGCCGCACCAGUCAACCGGGGAGCCUGGAAGAUAUAUGCUACAGCCUGAUUUUAUAGCCCUGCAUUUCUGAAAUAUUACCAUCGGGCUGGGACUGGAGGUAUGCAGCAUGUGUGUGAACAAGCAUGCUCAUUCCACUAACUAACAAAUGUAUGCACUAUUCAGUUAGACAGAGCUCCAGGUGGGACAGAUUUGAGCAUUGUUUACGCCACAAAGUUCACUUCUCAUCGCAAGCUAGCUGUUCUUAUGAAUGACGACUUUGUUCCUCCAUUCAGUGGCACCAUCAACCUGUAAAUUUCUCAUGAUGUGUCUCAACACAGUCCGUAUGUUAUUCAAUCAUAGGGGCGAUCAAUGAACAACAACAUGAGUGUAAGGCUUAUUCAUUCAUGAAACUCGAGCUUUAGCAUGCUUCCAACAUGGAAGAUCUUAUAUUCUAACCCUUCAUGAAUCCACCAGGUCCAUUUUUAGAGUUGUUUGUCUAAACAAAUCUUUCGUCAUCACGAUUAAAAAAAAAGAAAAAAAGUGGACGAGUGAAGACGUGUGGAAAAACGCAGUGUGGGAUUUGAUUGGCUUUCACUCCCUCCCUUCCUUCUAUCCUUAUUUCCCCUCGCUCGGACAGUUGAAGUUUCUAAAAAGCUAAUACCGCAAAAACACUCUUGCAAAGCUGUUAUGACUUUGGAGAUAUUUAAAGAACUACAAACUACAAUUUGCUAAAGUUAUGAUUUUCUGGAAACUUUGACUAGUACACUGACUGAGAAAACUGACUUCCAGUUUAUGUCGAUUCUUGAUUUCUGAUUCUGAGAACAGAGGAAGGUUGGGAAACCUCGUAAGGAGCUGGAUGAUUUAUGUAUGCAAGAUGUAUGAGUGAGUGUGUGCGAAUGAUGGCUGCCAGUGAUAAAGGGAAGUGAAGGGGAAAAUAAAAAUUUGGUGGAUGGAUUGAGGUUUCCACACAGCGUGCUCUGACACUCCCACCUGCACUCUAUUCAUUAUAAUCAACAACAAAAGUAGUGUACAGCCUGUCCUCUCCUUGUGACUCUCCUAGCUUAGCAUUUGUGUCAUGUUCUACACAAAUACCCCCCCACCCCCCAGCCCUCCUCCCUACCUGGGCUUACCUUUCUGUGUUCAGUUCCC